UUACAUAUCCGUACAUCCAGGAUUCCAGAUCUCGUUACAUAAAUUCUGAUCCAUCCGUCCAUCUAACCACAUAUCUAUCCCCCCGCGUCACCUAAAAGAUGACAAGGUCAGAUGAAGCCACGAUCUUCUAUAUUAGCGUGUAUGCCGCUGUUCAGGAAAUUCCCUACGGGAAAGUCACCAGUUACGGUCACAUUGCAAAGUUGAUUGGAACCCCCCAGCGGCCACGCCAAGUGGGAAUUUGUCUCAAACAUAUCCCGCAGGAUGCAGAUGCACACUACAACCAUGAUAAUGUACCCUGGCAGCGAGUUAUCAAUUCCAAAGGCAUCAUAUCGCCACGAUCACAACCAUCAGGUGCUCGAAACCAAGCAGCUGUGCUACAAGCUGAAGGUGUUACUGUCACGACGGGUGCGCUCGGAGAGCUUAUGGUAGAUCUAUCAGAAUACGGCUGGUUCCCGAAUGAGCUACCUUCGGAGGCAGAUGAACGCUAGUAACUGCUUGAGUAGGUAAAUUGCCAAGUCAAAUGAAACCAGAGAUGGUUACGAUCAUAGCAUCAGUGCUAGUGAUACAUCGGGUAGAAGAGGAGCCUGAUAUAGAAUCGACAUUUCUAAGAACGCAUGGAUGGACACCUAAAUGGAACAUGUUGAAUUAGCAGCGGUUCCUAAAAAGGGUAGGCAACAGAAUUU